AUGCCGCGAUCCGUACACAAUUUUGUCCCCGUCAUCUCAAUAUUCUUCGCAGCAAUUCUCUGUAUAUUCCAAUUAUCGGCGUGUCUCAAGAUCGGAGAAACAUGUUCUAUGGACGACAACAAAUGCGAUGGCGGAUUGCGUUGUGGAACGUGCCCUGCGAGUGGCAAUACCCGCCCUAGAUGCAUCCGGAUCCAACCAGUCAGUCCUAUAUCGAAGGUGAACGGGCUUCCGUUUAAUCGGUAUUCGUGGCUGACGACUCAUAAUUCAUUUGCGCUUUCCGGUUCAAAGUCACCUACCGGUUCUCCUAUUCUUGGUCCCGCCAAUCAGGAAGAUGAUGUUGCAUCUCAACUACGCAAUGGGGUUCGAGGACUAAUGUUGGAUAUGUAUGAUUUCAACAACGAUAUUUGGAUGUGCCAUUCCUUCGGUGGCAGAUGCUACAAUAUUACAGCAUAUCAACCAGCCAUGAAUGUCCUAGGAGAGAUUCAAAAGUUUCUGGAAGCAAAUCCAACUGAAAUUGUCACCAUUUUCAUUGAGGAUUAUGUUACAUCCGCAGGCGGAUUGACCAAGGUUUUUAAUGCAUCUGGGCUUAGCAGAUACAUGUUUCCUUUGAGUCGGAUGCCCAGAGACGGUGGAGAUUGGCCAACAAUCACCGAUAUGGUCGCCCAAAAUCAACGGCUGGUUGUCUUCACCUCCAAAUCUGCAAAAGAAGCCUCGGAGGGUAUCGCUUUUGAGUGGUCAUUCGUAGUUGAAAACAAAUAUGGAAACGAUGGUAAGACGCCUGGUUCCUGUGUUAGUCGGUCUGAGUCUUCUCCAAUGAACACGACAAAUCGUAGGUUGGUUCUUCAAAACUACUUCUCCACGAAUCCUAAUGUGACGGGAGCUUGUAUCGAUAACUCUGCUCCACUGAUCGCGAUGACAAACACAUGCCAGAUAGCAGCAGGUGGACGAUGGCCGAAUUAUAUUGCUGUUGAUUUUUAUCAGAGGAGUGAUGGCGGAGGAGCAGCUGAAGCUGUUGACGAAGCCAAUGGUCAUCUGACUUGUGGAUGUCCCAACAUUGCAUAUUGCAGGUUGAAUGCGACAUUUGGGACAUGCGAUAUCCCGGUUCUUUCGCCUCCACCACCAGCACAGUUGCCGCCAGAUGGUUUUGAUGGAGGUCUUAGUCUUGGUAACGGUUUCUCAAUUAAAUCAAGAACGUUCUACGGUUCAAUUUUUAUUGCGUUGAUGUUACUAGUUUUAUAA